AUGACAACGUCACUGCUCCUCCGUCCUCGCUGGGUCGACCCGUCGGUGAUGUUCCUCUACGACAACAGUGGCGGUUCCGAUGAAGUGACCAAGAACAUGGAGGGUUUUGCUGGUGGCAACUUUGCUGCGAACCAGUGCAGGAAUCUGAUGGCGCACCCCGCGUCCCUGGCACCCAGCUCGGCGUACUCGUCCACCGACGUGCCCACCUCCGGUAUGGGCGAGCCAGUGAAACAGUGCAGCCCUUGCUCUGCAGCUCAGAAUUCUUCCAGCGCGUCCCUGCCUUAUGGCUACUUCGGUAGCGGCUACUACCCGUGCAGAAUGUCGCAACACAGCAGCAUAAAGUCGUGCGGAGCGCAGCCCCCCUCCGCGUAUGGAGAGAAAUACAUGGACACGUCUGCCUCGGGCGACGAUUUCACCUCUCGGGCAAAGGAAUUCGCUUUUUAUCCGACCUACCCUUCAGGUCCUUACCAACCUGUCCCCAGCUACCUGGACGUCCCCGUGGUGCCAACUAUCAGCGCGCCGUCAGACGCCAGACACGAGUCCCUGCUGCCUAUGGAGAGCUACCAACCGUGGACUCUCGCCGCCAACGGCUGGAACGGCCAGGUUUACUGCGCCAAAGAGCAGCCUCAGCCCGGACACAUGUGGAAGUCCUCCCUACCAGACGCUGUGUCCCACGCCGGAGGAGACUCGGGCUCUUAUCGACGUGGAAGAAAGAAGCGCGUGCCAUACACCAAGGUGCAACUGAAGGAACUCGAGCGCGAGUACGCCGCCAAUAAAUUUAUCACGAAGGACAAAAGGAGGAGGAUAUCCGCCGGGACCAACCUGUCCGAGAGGCAGGUCACGAUAUGGUUUCAGAACAGACGCGUAAAGGAGAAGAAAGUUGUCAACAAAUUGAAACCCAUCAGCUAGUUUUUUAUUUUAAUUUUUAAUUUUUAUUACGGAC